AUGCUUCACCUUCGCCGAUGCUCCGCCGUCCAGAUCCACCCAUCUUCUCGUAACUCUGCUCCUCCUAUUAGACGGCACGAAGCGCUCCAGAAGACUGGCGGUUCCUCGCCUCCCUCUGCCAGAGAUGUUGUUGUCGUCGUCUGUAACACCCCUGACCCGGAUUAG